AUCGUCUCUGACACGCUGGCGCGACGGUUUUACUUCAAACGACAAAGGCGUGCUGCCCCAGGGACUCCUGGGAGCCUCGAGCCGUCGAGCGCUCUAUGCAUCUCCGUCAACCGUGUGAAUCGCGUGCUCCGCCGCUCCUCGAAGUUGCCGUUCAAACCGCUUCAUAGUCUCGCCAUCCGGUCUCGUCGCCGCGGCGAGGAGGGAGAGAGCUCGAGGUGCGCGCGACGGCGACUUGGGCGGGCGGCCGCAUCUUAUCCUCCCCCACCGUCGGACCUGAAUCUUGGACCCCAAGGCGUAGCUUCCCCAGCGCAGCGCAGGAUGUCGGCGGCCAUCGCCGGCGGCGAAUCGGCCGGCGAGCUGCUGCUCCGCGCGGCAGCGAUGGUGCCCCCGGAACGCUACGCCGUCGCCGCCCUUGUCGUAGUCUCGGUCAUCGCGUACCGCUUCCUCGAGCUGCACGUCCUCGGCGACCUCCUCCGAGGCUUCCGGGGCGGGCGCGUAGACCUCACCUUCCACCCCGACUCGGAGAUCUACCACCGCGUUGCCUCGAAGUGCCGCUCCCUCCACGAAAGGUACCUGGCGACGCCUUGGCUGGCGAGCCCACAUUUGCAGACAUUGUUCCUGGGCAUCUCUGGGAAGCCGCCUUCAUUCACCUACAAGAGACAGUUGUACACAGUUCGCGAUGGUGGAACCAUUGCUUUGGAUUGGCUGCUGGCAUCUGAUUUGGAAGGUAGAGGCUCACAGGCUGUAAAAUUUUAUGCUUACAUGGUGAUGUCUAACCUUUUUAGAUAUGUUUCAGAUGCAGAUGGUUUCAUUUCUAAAGAUUCUUCAACACCGCUUGUAGUUGUGGUUCCUGGAUUGACUAGUGAUUCUGCUGCUGCUUAUGUAAAACACUUGGCUUAUUCCAUGGCGAGUAAAGGGUGGAAUGUUGUUGUAAGCAACCACAGGGGUCUUGGUGGUGUGUCCAUCACUUCAGAUUGCUUCUACAGUGGCGGGUGGACAGAAGAUAUCCGAGAAGUCAUUGAGUACCUGCAUCACAAAUAUCCAAAGGCUCCACUGUUCUGUGUCGGCACAAGCAUAGGUGCCAAUAUUCUGGUCAAGUACCUUGGAGAAGAAGGUGAAAAUACUCCCUUGGCUGGUGCCGCAUCUAUUUGCUCUCCAUGGGAUCUGGUGGUUUGUGACAGAUUUAUCUCCCGCAAGCUUGUGCAACGGUGUUAUGACAUUGCCCUUGCAAUUGGUCUGAAAGGAUAUGCAAAGCUACAUCAACCUGUCUUGGCCCGACUUGCAAAUUGGGAAGGUAUCAAAAAGUCACGCUCUAUCCGGGAAUUUGACCACCAUGCGACUUGCAUUGUUGCAAAAUUUGAGACGGUUGAUUCCUACUACCGCCGGUGCAGCAGUGCUAGUUACGUUGGUAACGUGUCAGUUCCAUUGCUUUGUAUCAGCGCUUUAGAUGAUCCCCUUUGUACAAGGGAGGCUAUUCCUUGGGAUGAGUGCAGGGCCAACAAAAACAUUGUUUUGGCAACUACUCAGAAUGGUGGUCAUCUUGCGUUUUUUCAAGGACUAACUGCUCGAAGACUAUGGUGGGUCGGAGCAGUUUCUGAGUUCAUCUGCACUCUGCAUGACAGCUCCUACAUGCAUCAGCAAAAGGCGCAAGAUCAUGUUUUGCACUCUUCCUUGGAAUCAUCUAUUGAUAAGAGCCCAUAUAUUAAUUUCAUGGAAGAUGGAAUGGUAGCUCCAGUAACAAAUGAUGGCCCUGGCAAUGAUGAUUCACCUUCUAACCAUACAGUCGAUGAAGUAGAAUUAAGUGACAAGAUGGGUGUUAAACAACAGAAUGAAGAAUCCAUCGAAAAGCAUAAUGAACACGCCAGCGGAGUGGAGAGCAAAAGCCCUGCAGGAUCUGCAAAUCAUCAAGGAGAGGACACCUACAGUAAUAAGCUCCAUGAGGUCAUCACUCCUGUCAAGAGAUCCAUAAACCAACUGACUCGAUACCAAGGGAGGUCGGUCUGGUUGCUUGCCUACAUUGCUUUUGUAACAUCAUGGCCGCUCCUCGGCUCUCUAGCUUUUAUCACGUUUAGGAAAAAGUUCAGGAAUCUGUUGCGAGCUUAAUGAAUAAAUAAACCAUACUUGUAUUUAUUACAAUUGCAUCAUGUAAAACCUUAGAAGUACUUGAAGGCCUGUACAGCCAUUUGAUUUCUUCAGCCCCACAGUUCAUGUGUACACUUUCGUCACC